UUGAUUCAAAAUGUGAUCGGAUAUAAAAGAGCACAAACAGAAAGAGAACUCAAAUUGCUGCAAGGAUAUCCUUUAGAGUCACUUCUCAACUUCACCGAGCUAGCCACCGAAUAUGGAUACGUAUCUGAACAGCACACGGUCACCACAGAUGACGGUUAUAUUUUGACAAUGUUUAGAAUAACCAGAGGAAAAAAUUGUCAUGGACCAAUAAGGAACCCACCUGUGUUGCUUAUGCACGGCUUACUCAUGAGCUCUGAUAGUUGGAUGGAUGCAGGCCCUAAAGCUGGAUUAGCAUACCUCAUAUCUGACUUGUGUUAUGACUUAUGGGUUCCCAAUAUGCGAGGAAGUUACUACUCGAAGAAGCACAUUAAACUCGACCCGGCAAAAGAUCAGGAAUUCUGGGAUUUCUCUACAAUGGAAAUCGCUUACUAUGAUAUUCCAGCUACAAUUGAUUACAUACUAAAGCACACUAUGUUUGAUAAAAUAAAUUACAUUGGAUAUUCGCAAGGUGGAGGUACCUUCCUAAUGAUGAAUUCUGAGAGACUGGAGUACCACGACAAAAUUGGAGUGGGUAUCCUUUUGGAACCUGCCACGAGACUCACUUAUACAAGAUCUCAGCUAUUCAGGCUUCUUUUAGAAUAUUAUCGAGCUAAUUUACCGUACCUAUAUCAAAUUGGAAUUUACGAAGCUCUUCCUUUAGGUGGUAUUGAGCAAAAGUUUGCUGCAUACAUAUGCAAGGAUUACGUAAUUGCAAAUACCGUUUGUAGACAAUUUCUGAGCUUAAUUGACUCUUUUCACCCUGGUUCUAUAGAGACGGAAACAAUACGUGUGCUCGUUGGUCAUUUUCCGGCAGGAACGUCAGUAAAAAAUAUGGCGUAUUACGGUCAAGCUUUGAACGUUGAUGUGUUUCAAAAAUUUGACUAUGGAUCGUCUAGAAAUUUGCAAAUGUAUGGCACCGCUCAGCCACCCACUUUCAACCUCAGCGCUGUGACAGUACCUAUUGUUGUUAUUCAUGGAAGAAAUGAUUUUCUGACUUCACCAGCUGACGUAGAUUGGGUGACCAGUCACUUGCCCAAUGUACUCGAAAAUUAUUACGUUGUGGAUCCACUUUCGAAUCAUUUUGAUGUACCUUACAGUCAGUUCAAUGCUAGAAAUAUUUUACCGACAAUUAAAAAAUAUUUGAAGAUGUUUAGCUAA